CUUCACACGGGAGAUGGGUGGCUACAGCGUUUUGGACCACCUCUGGGGUGGCUGGUGGCGGGGUCCUGGGGUCUGCGCAGCUCGUAAGGUCGGACGCUUUGGCACAGAGGCCCGGUGAUUGCACCCGCCCCCAACUUCGUGCAUCAGAUGCAUCCUCGAGGCUCCAGCAAACGGUCGAGGUCCCUGAGAAACCAGCCCUUCCCAGGGCAACUGCAGCCAGAGAACCUCAGUCGGGAGGAGCUCAUUGAUGUGCUGAGGGCAUCUGUGGUGGACCAGAAAGGACCACUAGUGACACUGAACAAGCCACAGGGUCUUCCAGUGACAGGAAAACCAGGAGAGCUGACAUUGUUCUCUGUGCUGCCAGAGCUGAGCCAAUCCCUGGGGCUUGGGGAGCAGGAGCUCCAGGUUGUCCAAGCAUCUGGGAAGGAGACCUCUGGGCUUGUACUCCUCUCCAGUUGUCCUCAGACAGCAAGCCACCUCCAGAAGUUCUUUGUCCAUUCACGAAGAGCCCAGAGACCUACAGCCACCUACUGGGCUGUCACUGAUGGGAUCCCAGCUACUUCAGAGGGGAAGGUGCAAGCAGCUCUAAAACUGGAUCAUGUUGAUGGCGUUGAUCUCGUAGUUCCAGUGAAGUCUCCAUCCCGAAAGGAUGUCCUGGAAGGUGUCAAGAGGACCCUAAGCCACUUCCGUGUGGUGGCCACAGGUUCUGGCUGUGCCUUGGUCCAGCUGCAACCACUAACAGUGUUCCCCAGUCAGCUACAGGUACACAUGGUGCUGCAGCUCUGCCCUGUGCUUGGGGACCACAGGUAUUCUGCCCGCGUGGGUGCUGUCCUGGGCCAGCGCUUUCUAUUGCCAGCUGAGAGCACCAAACCCCAAAGACAGGUCCUGGAUGAAGCCCUCCUCAGACGCCUCUGCCUGACGCCCUCCCAGGCGGCCCAGCUGCCCUUGCACCUCCACCUACAUCGUCUCUGCCUCCCAGGCCUCAGACCCAGGGACGCCCUCAUAGAGCUUUUGGCACCCUUGCCCCCUUAUUUCUCCAGGACUCUGCAGUGCCUGGGGCUCCACCAGCGAUAGUCCUUCUCCUGUUCUUACUGGAAAGUGGUGGGUGUGAGGAGCCCGCAGGCCCUAGGAGAAUGAGUUCAGUGCUCGCCAUGUAGUGAGGUCAUGGUUUAAGACCCUGGGCUGUGUAGUCAGACUAACCCAAGGUCAAAUCCUGGCUAGGCCACUUGCUGUGUGGUGUUGGGCAAAUAACCUCACCUCUCUGGACUUGAGAAAAUAAAUGUACCUAACUCACUAAAUGUAUGUAACUAUGGUUUUGAAGAUUUGCUGAGAAAGUAAAUGUUUAUCACGGACAAUACUUUCUGCUGAGAUCAAUGUGUGGCCUUUUAUUGGGCUGUUUCUGUCCCAAUUCUAGCUAGAAAGAAAUGUCAGAUUUUUUCAUUGUGAUAAAAUACACCUACCAAGAUUUACUCUGUUAACCAUUGUUAAGUAUACAGCUCAGUGGCAUUAAGCACAUUCAGUGUUUUGCCACUGUUGCCAUCAUCUGCCUUCAGAAUUCUUCAUUUUCCAGAACUGAAAUUCUGUCCCUGUUCAACAUUAAAGCCCCAUCCCCCCUCCCAGACCCUAGUAACUACCAUUCUCCUUUGUCUCUGCGAAUUUGACUGCUCUGGGGAAGCUCAUGUCAGUGAAGAUGGUGAGGUUUUCUUUUAAAAAUUGUGAAAUAUAUUAAAACAUACAGAGUGCAUAAAA